AUGACACAUGGAACUGUUGCACAGAAAAACGCGACGGCAAACGUGCGCCCUAAAGUCGUGUUUGCUUUGGAAAAGAACGCAUGGUUGAACGCAGAACAACUACAAGAACGAAAGAAAAAAUUAGAGGAAUACCUGCGCAUGUGUAGUGUUCUUCGCACUCUGCAACAUGCGGUAUAUAAGCUAAAAAAGAGGUUUACUUCUACUUUCGAGCAGAAUAUCAUGAUUGACGACUUGUCCGUAGCCGCAGAUAACGAGUACAAACAGGCUAUCUUUCAAGCAAAGUCAUGGCUAAGGAAGAGGGUUUCGCAAAGUGAAUUUUUGCAACUGGUUGCACGUCAGCAGAAAAAAGUCUAUGAUGACAGCGAGGAUUGCAGCAACACGAUAAAACGUUUGCUUAAAGCUCAAGCCUCUGCACAGGUGAAUAACAUUGCUGAAUCGGCGAGUCUGAAUAUUCCGGCUUCUUCUUCUGGCAAUGACCAUUCUCCUGUGAGGAUGGAUACAAAGGGGUUGAAUGAGAGUGUCGAAUGCGAUAUGUGGAAUCUUAGCGCUCGAUCUUUGCGCCGUAAUUUGGACGCCCGACGCGAGCAGGCUGAAAUGUUGAAUAGGAGUUUCGAGGAAAGAACAAGAGAUAUUGAAAACCAGACAAAGAAGUCCAUAGCGGCGCAGAUUAUGCAGUAUGAUCGAGUAAUUUCCGAAAGGACGACGUUAUUGAGCAAACUGGAUGAGAUUUCCUCGAAAGAAAACGCUGAAAAACUGCAAACACCCACUCCUCGCCGAGCAGGAGUAGAACCCCUAGAUCUCAGUCAACUGUCCCCAAAGGAAGUUUCGGCAGAUGAAGAGAAGGCCAUCUCUUCGAUGCCGGAAAUCUUGGGAAAUCUACAGAAUCCCAGCUCUGAGGAUUAUACUGAUGUUGGAAUCAAUCGAACUUGUUCGCAGUCCACUGUGUAUGAGGACUCACUUUCUCAUUUUGAUGAAGAAGAGGACAAGAGGCCAGAUUCUGCCAGCUCAGAGGGGACUUUAUAUCAGUCGGAUUUGGAUAAUGAAGCAUCCAAAACGAUUGAUAAUGGUAUGAACUUCUGCAUGAUUCAUUCCUAA